AUGGGCUCGCGGAUGCCGUCAGUCGAUCCGUCUGAUUUAUUCGCUGAUCUGGCGAUCGUCGCUCGACGAGGCGGACGAGCGAGCGCAAAGAGGUACCAUGCCCUGACGUCAGACGCAGUGCCCAGUUCUGCGGAUCAUCGCGGCGACACGCGGCAUGAGACUAGUCAAAAAUUUCCACUGCAGCCUCACGUCUUUGAGGAAAAUCGAUCGACUGCGAUCAGUGCCUCGCCUCGAGUCUUGCCUCAUACCCAGUCGGCCUGA